AUGCAGUGGGUAGACGAAAACAAUAAGCUGAUCAGGAUGAACACCCCGAAGGUGAUGAUCGACAACGCCGUCUGCCCCACGGCCACGCUGGUGAAGGUUCAUGUUGCGACCAAGAGAGGCGUCCUGCUCGACGCGUUGCAGCUGUUCGCCGACCUUGACCUCUCCGUCAACAAGGCCUACAUCUCAUGCGACGGCUGGUGGUUCAUGUACGUCUUCCACGUCACCGACCGCUUCCGCCGCAAGCUCACCGACGGCGUCAUCGACUACAUUCAGCAGUCUGUUGGGGCCUGGACCGAGCCGUCGCAGCCGGUGGCGCUCGUGGAGCCGACGGUGCUGGAGCUCACGGGCGUCGACCGCACGGGGAUCAUCUCCGAGUUGUUCGCCGUGCUUGCCGACAUGGGCUGCAGCGUCGUCGCCGCCAGUGCCUGGACGCACCGCGGCCGCCUGGCCUGCCUCGUGUACCUGCGCGACGUCGACGCCGUCCGUGUGCCGCGCAUUGAGUCCCGCCUCGGCCUCCUCUUCCGCGGACUAUCUGACGACGCCAGCGCCGGCGUGGCCGCCGUCCCCGCUUGCUCCGUCCCGCAUCCUGACCGGCGCCUCCACCAGCUCAUGUGCGCGGCCAGAGACCCCGACCGCGCGUUCCCCACCCCGUCCGUGUCCGUUGAGAGCUGCGGGGAGCGCGGGUACUCGGUGGUCACCGUGCAGUGCCCGGACCGCCCCAAGCUGCUCUACGACGUGGUGUGCACUCUCGCCGACAUGGACUACCUCGUCGUCGACGGCACCGUCGACACUAGCCGCGGCGAGGUGCGGCAGGAGUUCUACAUUAGGAGCGCCGACGGUAGCCCCACCAGCUCCGAGGCUGAGAUGCAUAGAGUGAGCCAGCGCCUCGAAGACGCCAUCGAACGGAGAUCAUUCGAGGGAGUGAGGUUGGAGUUGUGCACGCCGGACCGCCCGGGGUUGCUGACAGACGUCACCAGGACAUUCCGGGAGAAUGGAUUGCUCGUCGCCCAGGCCGAGGUUUCGACCAAGGGCGGCAUGGCCACCAGUGUGUUCUACGUGACCGGCACCACCGCCGGUCAGGCCGUCCACCAAAGCGCCAUCGACGCCGUGAGGGAGAGGGUCGGCAUUGACUGCCUUCUCGUCGAGGAGCACAGGCCGCAGCUCUACGAGGAUGACCACAAUGGCGCUGGAACUGGUCUGCUCUACGGCCUGGGCAACCUUGUGAAGAUGAAAUUCUACAACCUGGGUCUGAUCUGGAUAUCAAGAAAAACAGUUGCCGGAAUGUUGCCAGGUGAAACAAAUGGGGAAGAAGAUCCAGAAAUGCCUGGGCUGCGCAAGGGCCAAGGGGGCGGGCUCGGGAUCAGGAAGGAACAGGAUGGUGAAACAAACCUAUCACUAGACAAGUGA